UUUUCAGUAAUUAUCCACCUUUUAAGCUGUCAGGUAUUAUGACAACCAGGAGCAUCGGAAAGAACUGGGUGACAUUGACAUUGGGAAAUAUGUUGCUGGUGGUAUUGUUGUUUAUAAUCUGGAUACGAAGCAAAUUAAAUGGACUGCAGAUCUUGAUCUGAGUACAGAUACUUCAAGCUUCAGAGCCUACAUAUAUUCUUCCCCAACUGUUGUAGAUUUGGAUGGUGAUGGGAAUCUUGACAUUCUCGUUGGAACCUCGUAUGGCAUGUUUUAUGUAUUGGAUCAUCAUGGUAAGGUUAGAGAAAAGUUUCCUCUUGAGAUGGCCGAGAUUCAAGGAUCUGUUGUUGCAGCUGAUGUCAAUGAUGAUGGGAAAAUUGAGCUAGUUGGUGCUGAUGCACAUGGAAACAUUGCUGUAUGGACUCCAAAAGGAGAUUUAGUCUGGGAAAAACAUCUGAAGAGUCUUAUUCCGCAGGGUCCAACUGUUGGUGACAUUGAUGGGGAUGGCCAUACUGAGCUUGUUGUGCCAACACUAUCUGGGAAGAUUCAUGUUCUGGAUGGAAGAGACGGGUCAUCUAUAGGGCGGUAUCCAUAUCCAACUCAUGGAAGAAUAAUGAAUCAAAUUCUUCUAGUUGAUUUAAAUAAACCCAAAGAGAAAAAGAAGGGGUUAACUAUUGUUACCACGUCAUUUGAUGGAUAUUUGUAUCUCAUUGAUGGACCUACUGGAUGUGCUGAUGUUGUUGACAUUGGUGAAACUUCGUAUAGCAUGGUCUUGGCAGACAAUGUUGAUGGUGGGGAUGAUCUUGAUCUAAUUGUCACAACUAUGAAUGGCAAUGUCUUUUGCUUCUCAACUCCAUCUCCUCAUCAUCCCCUAAAGGCAUGGAGAUUGCCUAGUCAAGGAAGAAACAACGUUGCAAAUCUGUACAAUCGUGAAGGUAUAUAUGUUACCCAUCCUUAUAGGGCAUUCCGUGAUGAGGAAGGCAAAAGCUUUUGGGUGGAAAUUGAGAUUGUAGAUAAUUACAGAUACCCAUCUGGGCAUCAAGGACCAUACAAAGUCACUACAUCCUUGCUAGUACCUGGGAAUUACCAAGGCGAGAGAACAAUAAAGUUGAACAAUACCUAUGAUCUACCUGGGAAAUAUCGGAUUAAGCUGCCAACUGUGUCGGUAAGGACCACGGGAACAGUUUUAGUUGAGAUGGUUGACAGAAAUGGACUGUAUUUCUCUGAUGAUUUCUCCCUUACAUUCCAUAUGCACUACUAUAAACUGUUGAAGUGGCUUCUUGUACUUCCAAUGCUUGGGAUGUUUGGUGUGCUUGUAAUCUUUCGCCCACAAGACUCAAUGCCAUUACCGUCAUUUUCGAGGAACAUUGAUUAAUGAUGAUUACUUUAUUUCAUAUCAUAGGCAUCAUUCAAUUCAGAAAAUGUGAAUAUUUUAUGUCAAAUUGAGUAGAAACUCUUAUGGUGUAUGCCUUUGGUGCUGCCCUGAACUUUGAUCAGAGUUGAAGCGGGUUCUUUUCGAGCUGAAGAGUUCUGUGAAGUUGAGGUUACUUUAGAGAUAGUUGAAGAUUGCAAGAGUGAAUUAUAUUUUAAUGUUGAUGUUGUAGUGUAGUGUAAUCUGAUACCUAAAUGUUUAACUGAGCUACAUACAUUUGUUUUCCAUCUUUGAAGCAAAAUAGAUAUUUAUAAGUAAUACACAGUUUUCUCC